UUCCUCUGCUUCUUUCUUUGGUUAAUAUGGAUGUUCUUGUAGUUUUAGUCAGGGAUUUAUAGAUUUGAUCAGGCCUGUUACAUCUUUGCUGUUUUUGAGCAGGUAAACUGUAGUUAGCCAUGAACUCCAGCCUUGUCAACUCUUUGGCCAAAGUAUAUGAUCCAAAUCCUCUUCAUGGUCAGAAGCUGACUGGAAGGAAGCUCUCUCUCAGUGGAUCAGAGAAGUAUCCAGCUUCAUCUUCUCUAUCAUCUUCUUCCUCCCCCUGUGAUGCUUCCCUGCGCUGUAUGGAAAGCAGAAUGGACUCCCUAAGCUCACAGAUGGAGCACUUACUCAACAUGCAGCAGAUUGUCCUGACCCGGCUGGAUGGUCUUUCCCAGGAUGUGAGGAGCAUGGGUCGGGAUCUGGCCUCUAUGCAUGAGGAAGACCAUGGCAGAAGACGCGGGUCAGGGAUAGAGGUGGUUUAUAAGGAGCUGCGUGGUGCCAUGGAGUGGGCCAGCGAGCGUAUAGAUAGUCAGGGACGCAGGUUGGAAGGGGUGGAGAAGCUGGUGGAAGGCACUCAGCAGGUGAUCAGCUUCAUUGGGGAGGUGGUGAAGAGCUCCAGGCUGGUGGAGCUUUUAUUCAAACAGCCUGGAAAGAAACCCAACAGGAAGGCAAAAGAUGACAAAGAAAAAGCCAAACAGAAUCUGAAGGGUGUGAAGACUCAGAAGAAAAGGAAACCUUUGGACUCAUCAGACACCUCCUUCCUGAAUGAGCCGUUGCUCCAGGAGGAAGUGGAGAAGCUUAACAGGCAGAACACUGAGCAUUCCCAUGUAAAUACAGAGUCUGAUGUUCAGAGAGGGGAAGAUGCAGGAACUAGAGGAAAACGACAGGAGCUGUCAAAGCUGAUCCUGGAUGGGCCACGUUCUCCUGCAAUUCAGUCAGAGGAGAGGCAGAAGGAAGCCAAGGGAAGGGAGGAUGAAGAAGAUGAGGGGGAUAUCUUUGAUGACACAGAGCCAGAGGAAGACGAGCAUGAGGCAGAAGAUGUUGUCACAGAAGAGAGUGGAAAAGUAGAUGACACAAAUAAAAGGCAUAAAGGAAAGACAGAAGAGUCUACAGAAACAGAGAAAAUUGAAGUUGUCAUUUCAGAGAUGUGCAAGACCACUCUGCCUCCACAGGAAAGCUCUGAGGAGGCUGGUGAUGUGGCAACUUGCAGCAAACGUCGCGUCACAGAGGAAGAACUCACAAAAGACGACCUGAAAAAAAGCAGAGUGGAAGACAGUAGAGCGGAGAAUACUGAUGGACAGGUGGGGGAAGGCCCAAAUCCUGAAGAGGCAAAGACAGAAGCUGAAGUGGACGCAGAGUCAGAAGCAAAAGAAUUUAUCAUUGACUCAACGCCACCACCAUUGGCACCUUUUGACCACCGCAUUGUGACUCCCAAACCCCAUCAGAUAGCCAACUAUUACACUAUCAACAGGGAUGAAGUCCUAGGAGGGGGGCGUUUUGGACAAGUCCAUAAGUGCAUAGAGAACUCUUCUGGACUGACCCUCGCUGCCAAGAUCAUCAAAGCCAGGAGCCAGAAAGAGAAGGAGGUAGUAAGGAAUGAGGUCCAGGUGAUGAACCAGCUGAGCCACGCCAACCUCAUUCAGCUGUACGCUGCCUUUGAAUCACGCAAUGACAUCAUCCUGGUCAUGGAAUAUGUUGAAGGAGGGGAGCUGUUUGACCGCAUCAUCGAUGAGAACUACAACCUGACGGAGCUGGACACGGUGCUGUUCAUACGCCAGAUCUGUGAGGGACUGCAGUACAUGCAUAAAAUGUACAUCCUGCAUCUUGACCUCAAGCCGGAGAACAUUCUUUGUGUCAGCAGAGCUACUAAUAAGAUCAAAAUCAUUGACUUUGGCCUGGCAAGGAGAUAUAAACCCAGGGAGAAGCUGAGGGUCAACUUUGGAACACCUGAGUUUUUAGCUCCUGAAGUAAUCAAUUAUGAGUUUGUUUCAUUUCCCACGGACAUGUGGAGUCUUGGAGUCAUCACAUACAUGCUGCUCAGCGGCUUGUCUCCGUUUCUGGGCGAUGAUGACAACGAGACACUGAACAACAUCCUGGCCUGUCAGUGGAGCUUUGAGGAGGAGGAGUUCACAGACACCUCUGAUGAGGCCAAAGACUUUAUCACACGUCUGCUGGUGAAGAGCAAAAGCUGGAGGAUGAGUGCGACAGAGAGCCUGAAACAUCCCUGGCUGUCAGACCGGAGUUUGCACUAUCGACUAAAUCAGAAGAAAAACAAGUGUCACUCCACACAUGCUCCGCCCACAAAGAGCUAAACAGAAACACAGAAAGCCCACCAGCGUACCUUUUGAUAAUGUAGGGCCAUGCAGCCCAGCAUUGGACCAAUACUGCUGUACCUGUACAGCCACUGGAUUACUACUCUGCCUCACAUCCUCACCUUCACAUGGAUGCACAUCAUUUGGAUCUGACUUGGAAAAACUUUGUGGAAAACUGACCAUUUUCAGCUUUUUUUUUUUUUCAUCAUUGAGGUGCAUAUAAUCUAAACAGUAAGGACUCUUUAGCUCUGUGAUGUCUAAAUACUGUAGCUGCCAAAGUAUUACCUGCAUUUUGUGCCACUUUUACAACAUUUACCACUGCAAAAACUGAAGAUCAGCUUUUUAACAUCAGACAAACGCUGUCACGUCAUCCUGUGUUUUUUUUUUUUUUUUUUUUGUUGUUUUUUUUGUUUUGCAUGCUUUGCACUUUUCUGUUUUUGGCCUCUUUCUCAAAAAUUCAGCAAUGCUUUAGAGAACAUAGACUGACUGCAGUUGUUUAAAUUAUAUAUUUAUGUGAAAACAUGUUUUUCUAUUUAAGUUGCAAGUCUUAUACAAAAUGUAAUUUAUCUCAAAACAAAAGGAAAAAUCACGCCCCAUUAAUUUAUUUUGUAUAUAAUGAAGCAUUACUUAUUACCAAUGAAACAUGAAAAUGUAUUCGUGCCACCAUUUUUAGUUCAUUUCCACUAAAGACUAUGCCUUCUGCACACAUUCAUGCCACCUGCUCUUCUUGCUUUGGCAGUUUGGAGUAGCCCUCUCACCUUCCAUGAAGGCAUAACGAACAACACAUACUACCUAUAAAUGAUUCAUGUUUAUGACUGACAUUUAUUCGCUGGUUGAACACCAGACUGUACUUGAACUGCGAAGCUUUUAAUCAAGAUGUGAUGUUUCUUUCAGGGGAGCUCAAGAGCAUUUCACAUACUGUAGUUACGCACAUAAAUGCACAGUUAAGCUUUGAUGGAGAGCCAACGGCAGAGUGGAGACACCCGUCAUUGAUUUAUUGUCUCAUUCUAUCAGAGUGAUGGGAAGUUUGGUGAAUAUUUGAUACUCAGUUGUUGGCUGAUCCAUUUCAAAAUUGAAAGCUUUGUGAUUUGAAUACUUGUUUGUUGAAUUUAUAAUACCUUUUUAAAGUUUUCUUGUGAAAUGAUGAGUUAAAAAUAUCUGUAGAAUAUGAAGAAGUUAAUAAAUGAUGCACAUUGGAAAAAAAUGAAUAGUGGGUGUGAUUUCCCAUUGAUU